GCGCCCCCGCCCCCCAUGCACCACCUUCUGGAGCAGUCGGCGGACAUGGCGACCGCGCUGCUGGCGGGCGAGAAGCUGCGGGAGCUGAUCCUGCCGGGCUCGCAGGACGACAAGGCGGGCGCGCUGGCCGCGCUGCUGUUGCAACUCAAGCUGGAACUGCCAUUCGACCGCGUAGUAACCAUCGGCACCGUGCUGGUACCCAUCUUGCUGGUCACCCUGGUCUUCACCAAGAACUUCGCAGAUAAUCCAGGAUCAUCUCCUACAAAGUCCUCAAUCCCAGCUGAAGAUUCCCUUUUACCACAUGAGGCAACAUGGUCACUGGUUCUAGGGAUCAGGAUGUGGACAUCUUGGGAUCUGUCCUUCUACAAACCGCAACAUCUCAUGCCAGUCCUGAUUCUUGCCCCAGCCCGUGUCUCCUCUCUGCCCUCAGAGGAACCAAUUUACUGUUAUACUCCGCACAACUUCACCCGUGACCAGGCUCUGUAUGCCCGUGGCUACUGCUGGACAGAGCUGCGGGAUGCGCUUCCCGGCGUGGAUGCUAGCCUGUGGCCAUCGCUGUUUGAACACAAGUUUCUUCCCUACGCACUGCUGGCCUUCGCUGCCAUCAUGUAUGUGCCCGCUCUGGGCUGGGAGUUCCUGGCUUCCACACGUCUCACCUCUGAGCUCAACUUCCUGCUUCAGGAGAUUGACAACUGCUACCACCGAGCAGCUGAAGGCCGUGCCCCCAAGAUUGAAAAGCAGAUCCAGUCUAAGGGGCCCGGCAUCACUGAGCGAGAGAAGCGGGAAAUUAUUGAGAAUGCUGAGAAGGAAAAGAGCCCUGAGCAGAAUCUAUUUGAGAAGUACCUGGAACGCCGGGGUCGCAGCAACUUCCUGGCCAAGCUGUACCUGGCACGGCAUGUGCUCAUCCUGCUACUCAGUGUGGUGCCUAUCUCCUAUCUGUGCACCUACUAUGCCACUCAGAAGCAGAAUGAGUUCACCUGUGCCCUCGGAGCCUCCCCUGAUGGGCCAGUGAGUGGCGGGUCUACUGUGCGAGUUAGCUGCAAGCUGCCUUCUGUGCAACUGCAGCGGAUCAUUGCAGGUGUGGACAUCGUGCUGCUCUGCUUCAUGAACCUCAUCAUCCUCGUCAACCUCAUCCACCUCUUCAUCUUCCGCAAGAGCAAUUUCAUUUUUGACAAACUGCACAAGGUGGGCAUCAAGACUCGCCGGCAAUGGCGCCGCUCCCAGUUCUGUGACAUCAACAUACUAGCUAUGUUCUGCAAUGAGAACCGUGACCACAUCAAGUCACUCAACAGGCUGGACUUUAUCACCAAUGAGAGCGACCUCAUGUAUGACAAUGUGGUACGGCAGCUGCUGGCUGCCUUGGCCCAGUCCAACCACGACACCACACCCACUGUGCGAGACUCAGGCAUCCAGACCGUAGACCCCAGCAUCAAUCCAGCUGAGCCAGAUGGCUCUGCUGAGCCACCUGUGGUCAAACGGCCCCGCAAGAAGAUGAAGUGGAUCCCCACCAGCAACCCACUACCACAGCCCUUCAAGGAGCAGCUGGCCAUCAUGCGCGUGGAGAACAGCAAGACUGAGAAGCCUAAGCCUGUACGUAGGAAGACGGCCACAGACACACUGAUUGCCCCACUGCUGGAUGCUGGUGCCCGUGCAGCUCACCACUACAAGGGUGGUGGAGGUGAUACAGGCCCCUCCCCAGCUCCACCUCCUGCCCCUGACAAGAAGCAUGCCCGUCACUUCUCUCUGGAUGUGCACCCCUACAUCCUGGGCACCAAGAAGGCCAAGCCUGAGGCAGUACCUGCAGCCCUCCCAACCUCCCGCAGCCAGGAAGGUGGCUUCCUGUCCCAGACAGAGGAGUGUGGGCUGAGCCUGGCUGCAGCACCCACCAAAGAUGCUCCACUCCCCGAAAAGGAAAUCCCAUACCCAUCGGAGCCUUCCCUGGCAGGCCUUCCCUCAGGGGGCCCAUUUCAUGUCUGCUCACCUCCCGCUGGCCCCACUGCCACACCCCUGUCACCAGGCAGCCUGGGCAAGACUGAUCCCCUCACCAUCUUGAGCCGAAAUGCCACUCACCCCCUGCUCCACAUCAGCACACUGUAUGAGGCCCGGGAGGAGGAAGAAGGGGGAUCCCGUGCACCCCCGGACAUGGGUGACCUCCUUGCCAUCCCCCCACCCCAGCAGAUCCUCAUCGCCACCUUCGAGGAGCCAAGAACAGUUGUGAGUACUGUGGAGUUUUGAGGGGCAGGACUGCCCAGGCUUCCAAAAACCCUCUGCAUGAGCCAGGGGUGGCCCAGCUGAGACUAGCCCUGAGUGGAUGCAGCCUCUGCCCACUCAGUAAUGCCCACACUCCCCAGCCUCCCAUCUGCAUGCCACAGGGACCAGCACCCCUUCCACCCGGCUCGGCAUGGCAUCCAUGUGUACAGGCUGGGGCAUAGGGUAGGGUGGGACACUCUCCACCCCAGCAUCAGGUGUUUCCCUGGGGUGCUAGGCUACAAGAUGAAGAGUUUAUUUUUUUAAUGGGGUUUUCUCAUGGGCCAAAGCUGGAACAGGACAACUCAGCAUCCCCAGCUUGGCCCACCCAGGGCAAGUGAAGAUGAUGCUGGUGAAAGUGGCACUGACCUCAGGGUCACAUCCCUGGGGCUACUCACUCAGGGGCUCAGCCCCUGCAGGGACCUGAUGCUCUGGGGGAGUGCAGGGGCUGCCCAAAUCAACAUGCACUUUCUCUUAGUAGCCUGACAUACACUUUAUUUUACUAUGAAUACUGUAACUGACGAGCAUAUUUAUCAUCAGGAGAUUUAGGAUGAGUUUAAAGGAUGGUGUGUGUGAGUGGGCAUGAGCAGAGGUGGGUAUGAGCAUGUGAGUGAGCAGCCUGGAUGCAAGCAAGCUCAUGAACAAGUAGGGGCAAGUGUGUGUGGAUGAGUGUCAGUGUGUGAGUGUGUGAGUGGUACCCACAUGUGAGCAGUGGGUGAGAGCAGGCAUGGGCUCCAGGGUGUGAGCGAGGGAAGGAAUCCAACGCAAUAACCACAUCCCUCUCCCGGGACCCCAGCUGCUGGCCAGGCUGCUUCCCAUGGGAGCCCAGGCCCCACUGGCCCCACCCCUAUUACCUCAGCCACGCGCCACGUGACACAGUAUUAACAAGGUAGCACUGAGCAUAUCAAUAAAUACUAUUCUGAUAA